UUUGACGUUGACAACUUGUUUUUGUCGACCUCUCAUCUCGUGGUGCGAAACACUUUCACAAAUCUAAUAUAUAUAAUUAUUAAGAAAAUAAUAAAAACUUACAACUCGUUUUUAUCAUAUAUUCCUUCUUUCCAUCAUAAUGGCUUUAUUUUGCUGCACCAGAUUAGCAAGUAGAUCGACGUUAGGCAACUUGGCAAAAUUUCGCACCGCUUUAGGCACUGUGUCAUAUGCUCAGGCUGCAUCAAUUCCUAAGAUAACUUUUAAGAAAUUCGAACCACCGAAAGAUGAACAUCACGAUUUAAGAAACGAACGCCUAAAUAGACCGUUGUCUCCCCAUCUAACCAUCUAUAAGUUUCAAUUGACUAGUAUCUUGUCAAUUACUCAUAGAGCAGCAGGUAUUAUUCUUACUGGAUAUGCAACUGCUUUGGGUAUGGGAGCUCUUAUGCUACCAAAUGAUAUAUCACACUACAUUACAAUGAUUGAAGGCCUCAACUUAUCACCAGCCACUAUAUUUCUGGCAAAAGCAGCCAUCGCAUCUCCAUUUGGAUAUCAUUUUGCAAAUGGAAUUAGACAUCUUUACUGGGAUACUGCUAAAGGACUGACAAUAAAGGAAGUUUACACUACUGGUUAUUCAAUGUUAGCAGGAACAAUUGCCAUCACUCUAUUCCUCGCUGCCUUAUAAAUAAAGGAUUAAGUAGCAAAAAUAGUUGUUGAAUAUUUUGGUAUUAUUUAUUUGUUCUCAUUAUAAGUUAUGCAAUAAAUUUAAUCAGUUACAUUUAUUAAAUCU